AUGACAGUGGGCAUCUCAAGAGGCUACGAGCCCGGGCGAGUGCUGCUCAUUCUGCCCACCACUGACAUAGGUACCAAGCACGCAGCCCUUGCAGAAGAUGGAUCAUUGCAUCCCGACCUCCAGCAGGCCUCGCGCCUGCUCGCAGAAGCAGAGACUGCACUCCGAAAAGGCGCCAUCGAAGCGUCCCAAUCCGAUGCCAAGAAGGCCCUGGAACAGUUUCGUGCCAGCAAAAGUGCCCAGGGGAUCUCCGACGCCACCCGCGUGGCGAUGUGCGCCCUCGCGGAGUUCGAGUCUCGUAAAGAGGCUCUGGCCCUGGGCCAAGAACACCUCAAGGAGGUGCGGGGAGCCGGGAACAAGGAGCAGGAGGCCAUGGCUCUCCAAUCCCUCGCCGAGGUGGCCACUUUCCGAUGCCGCGGGGACAUGCGUGACCAGGCCAUCGCCUGGGCAGAGGAGGCGAUCGCGCUCCGCCGGGAGCUGGGCCUCGAAGGCUUUGAGUCUUCUGGCAGCCUCAGUUUGGAGCAUCGAGGCGACAAGAAACUGGAAGGCUACGCUCUGCUGGCUUCUGCGUCGGCGUGCACGCAGAAGAGCCACGUGGCUGACCCCUUCACGGUUUAG